GCCUUUGCCACCUAUGCUGAAAGUGCAGCCAGGAAGACCUAAGGCAAAAAAGAGAAAGCUUGAACCAGGGGAGGGCACUUCUGCAGCACCUGAGGGCAAGAAGCCAAAGGUGAAGAAACAAUGCAAGAACUGUGGUGGGUUUGGCCACUUUGCCAAAACAUGCAAGGCUGAAGCAGCACCAGAACAGCCUAACCCACCUGCAACAAAUCCAAAGGGUGGGAGGCCACAGAUGCAGACUCCUUGGCUUAAGGAACAGAGAAAGAAAAGUGAAGAGAAAGCAGCAAGACAGGCUGCACUGAAGUUGCCACAAUAUCAGCCUCCAACAACAGCACAGGUUGGGUCAAGUAAUGCUGCACCUGCAACUGCUGUGUCAAGCCAGCCUACAACAAGAACAGAGCCUUUGCCAACUCAGCCUGUUACCAGGAGCAACAGGAGCCUGAGUCAACCCACAAGAGUGCCAACAACUACUCCUCCCAAAGUCAAAAUACAGACCAGGUCCAAGCUUCAUGUAAUGACAAGCAAGAAGGACAAGGAUCUCAAUUAACUGUGACCCUAG